AUUGUUUAGUUACACCUGAGCGGUUAAAGUGUCACUUUCCUGGAAGUUAUAGUGUGUAUCAUGGUUUCUAAUAAGGUUCUAUUGCUAAUUACCGCAGUAGUCGGUUUAGCGACAUUUUCGUUAGCUGAUAGUAGCUGCAAUGGAGACGAUUCUUGCAAACUAAAAGAUUUACCUUAUGUAACUGAAUACUACGGAGAAUGCUCAGAUAAUUCUCAGUGUGAGUGGUUAGGAGAAAACAGUGAGUGUAACUACGUCUGCAGGUGUAAGGAAGGGUACCGAUGGUACUUAGGUAAAUGCAAUAAAUUUGUCGGUUUGGGAGAAGAAUGUUCAGACAGUUUGGACUGCUAUGAUGGAUAUAACCUUCAAUCUUUAACUUGUCUUAGUGGAACUUGCGAAUGUACCAAUGGUUACUACCGAAGAAACGACACAGAUUGUAGGAAAAUUGCUUCUAACGUUACUGAUACUUGCGCUUUGGAUAUCGAUUGUCAAGUCAACGGAGUAGAAACUGUUUGUGUUCUCGGAAAGUGUCUACCUCCAGAAGAAUCCGGAUCAGAAGAAUAUUUGGAACAAGUCGAAGAAAGAUUUUUUUCUUUCAGGGUUGAUGAAACAACAUGUACAGAAGACGCCGAUUGUAAAGCCAUUAAUAAUUCCUAUUGCUACGACAAAACAAAUACGUGUAUUUGUCAACCACAAUACUUCUUUAACGACGAUGGUACUACCUGUAUACCUGAACUGGGUGUCGAAGCUGGUUGUACCGAAGAUAGUGACUGCGUUAUAAAGCCUGGGAAAUGCGAAGAUGGCGUUUGCUACUGCCGUGAUUACUAUUUUACAGCCGAAGGAAACAGAAAGUGUGUCAAAACAAUUAGUCAGAACAACUGGAACUGCCUUUCCAAGGAAUGGUGUUAUGCAUUGGGACCUUACUCAUAUUGUGAGUCCGCUGGUGUUUGCAACUGCAGCAAAAUAUCAGACUAUGACGAAAAGAAUAACUUGUGUCUGUGGAAUGGAGAAAAUGAUCCAGAUAUGUGUACUAAUGAUCUUGAGUGCAAAUAUAUUCAAAAUGGCUACUGCGUUGAUGAGUUAUGUGGGUGUCGCAAAGGCUAUGCCUUGCAGGACAAUAGAUGUGUCCCAGAUCUUGGCUCUCAAUGUGACGGAGAAACGGUAAUUUGUGAAAUUAAAAAUUCAGAAUGUCGGGACAAUAUUUGUCAGUGUAUUGAAAAAUACGUCGCCCUUGAAGAUAAAGCCUGUUAUUUACAAAGCACUCAACUGGGGGAUCCUUGUGAAGUAGACAUUCAGUGUUCUGCAACGGUGUUAUAUUCCAAAUGCAUGGAUACCACGUGCGGCUGCGAUGAUGAUCAUUUAGCAUUUAACGAAACAUGUUACGCAAAGAGAGAAUAUGGUUCUCAUUGUACAAAUCUUCUGGAGUGUACUCUUUCAUUGGGAGAUUCGAUUCAAUGUCGUAAAGGUGUAUGUCAGUGUCCCACAGGUGAAACGCUAGAUGGCAAUACAUGUUCGUCUGGUAGUUUUAUAACAGGAAAUGUACUUAUUCUAGUGGUUGUAUGGUUAGCAAAAGGUGUAGUCCCAGUCAGUUAAUUUUCUUUUAUUUAUACAAACACAAUAUUUUAUAGAAACAACAUAAAGACAUGUGUACACGUAUUUAAUAUCUAUACGUACUCUGUUUCUUUUUAUAUAAAGGUCCAGUUUAGUAUAUAAACAAUUUCUGAUAUUAAUUAGUCAUUUAAAAUAUUAACAAAUUUUGUAAAUUAUAAUUACAAGCUAA